AUGCUCCAUCCUCAUCCUCUGGUCAUCUCAGCCACCCCAAGUUUCAUAGCUCCCUCUAACCAAAACGAAUCCAAACCCAUCAACCCUUCCCCAACCGAGUCACUCAAAAACUGCAAAACCAUAAACCAAGUGAAGCAACUUCACUGUCAAAUCACCAAGAAAGGCCACAGUCACAGACCCUCCACUGUCACCAAGCUCAUAAUCACCUGCGCCGAAAUAGGCACCCUCCAAAGCUUGGACUAUGCCCGAAAAGCCCUCGACUUGUUUCUUGAACAACAAGAAACAAGGGGUGUGUUGUUCAUGUACAACUCUCUGAUAAGAGGCUACUCUAGUGCUGGGCUUGGUGACGAAGCCAUUGGGCUCUACGUUCAGAUGGUGGUUCAGGGAGUUUCGCCGGAUAAGUUCACGUUUCCGUUUGCGUUGAGCGCAUGCUCGAAGGUUGUGGCGUUUUGUGAAGGGGUUCAGCUCCAUGGGUCGAUUGUGAAGAUGGGUUUGGAGGGUGAUGUGUUUGUUGGGAACUCUUUGAUUCAUUUCUAUGCGGAAUGUGGGGAGAUGGGUUAUGCCCGGAAGGUGUUUGAUGAAAUGCGUGACAGAAACACCGUGUCGUGGACUAGUUUGAUUUGUGGUUAUGGGAGGAGGAGUAUGCCCAAGGAGGCUGUUUCUUUGUUUUUCCAGAUGGUGGGUAAUGGGAUUGAGCCGAAUUCGGUGACGAUGGUGUGUGUCAUUUCGGCUUGUGCAAAGUUGAAGGAUGUGGGGUUGAGUGAGAGAGUGUGUGAUUAUAUUGGGGAGUCUGGGAUGAAGAGUAACAUGCUUAUGGUGAAUUCACUUGUUGACAUGUAUAUGAAAUGUGGGGAUACUGGUACUGCAAAGCGGCUUUUUGACGAAUGUGUGGAUAAGAACUUGGUUCUUUACAAUACAGUUUUGUCAAAUUAUGUGCGCCAGGGACUGCCUGGUGAAGCGGUUUCUGUGUUGGGUGAAAUGCUGCGACAGGGCCCAAGACCUGACAGGGUUACCAUAUUAUCUGCGAUCUCAGCUUGCGGGCAACUAAGUGAUUCUCUUUCUGGAAAGUGUUGUCAUGGUUAUGUUUUGAGGAAUGGACUAGAAGGUUGGGAUACUAUUUGUAAUGCCAUGAUUGACAUGUACAUGAAGUGCGGCCAACAAGAGACUGCCUGCAAAGUUUUUGACAAUAUGUCAAAUAAGACUGUAGUAUCACGCAACUCGUUGAUUUCUGGUUUCAUAAGAAGUGGUGAUGUGACGUCAGCUUGGAAAAUGUUCAAUGAGAUGCCAAAGAGUGAUCUUGUCUCUUGGAACACUAUGAUUGGAGCUCUUGUCCAAGAGAGCAAGUUUGAGGAAGCAAUUGAACUAUUCCGGGUGAUGCAGGCUGAGGGAAUAAAAGGGGAUAGAGUGACCAUGGUGGAAGUUGCAUCUGCCUGCGGAUAUUUAGGAGCUCUUGAUCUUGCAAAGUGGACUCAUGCUUAUAUCGAAAAAAACGAUAUCAACUGUGAUACGCGGCUGGGGACAGCCUUAGUUGACAUGUUCGCUAAAUGUGGAGAUCCUCAAAGUGCAAUAAAGGUGUUCAAUACCAUGGCCAGAAGAGAUGUUUCUGCUUGGACUGCAGCCAUUGGAGCAAUGGCGAUGGAAGGAAAUGGGGAACGAGCUCUAGAGCUUUUCGAUCACAUGCUUAAGCAAAGGGUGAAACUGGAUGAAGUAGUCUUUGUGGCAAUACUGACAGCAUGCAGCCAUGCUGGUCUUUUGGAACAAGGGCGGAACAUUUUCGUGUCAAUGCAGUCGGUCCAUGGCAUUACCCCUAAUAUCGUUCAUUACGGGUGCAUGGUCGACCUGCUAGGCCGAGCUGGGCUCUUGGAAGAAGCUGCUAAUCUGAUAAAGUGCAUGCCUAUUGAACCCAAUGAUGUCAUUUGGGGUACUCUCUUGGCUGCGUGUCGAACCCACAAAAACGUCGAGAUGGCAGCAUAUGCGGCUGAACAAAUAUCAAAGUUGAACCCUCAAAGAACUGGUAGUCAGGUGCUUCUGUCAAACAUAUAUGCCUCAGCUGGGAAAUGGGCUGAUGUUGCAAAAGUGAGGUUAGAAUUGAAAGAGAGAGGAAUUCAAAAGGUACCCGGAUGCAGUUCCAUUGUAGUUAAUGGAGUGAUCCAUGAGUUUACAUCCGGGGGUGGUGAUACUGAUAAACACCUAGAGAAGAGCCACAUUGAAUUAAUGUUGCAAGAAUUAAACAGCAGACUCAGAGAUGCUGGUCACAUUCCUGAUUUGGACAAUGUCCUGCUUGAUGUUGAUGAGAAGGAGAAAGAGUACCUGCUCAGUCAACAUGGUGAGAAAGUGGCCAUCGCUUUUGGGCUUAUAGGUACAGGGCAAGGAGUGCCAAUUCGUGUUGUGAAGAAUCUGAGAAUGUGUUCUGAUUGUCACUCUUUUGCCAAAUUAGUGUCAAGAAUAUAUGAGAGGGAAAUUAUUGUUCGAGACAACAACAGGUUCCACUUCUUUAAUCAGGGGCUUUGCUCUUGCAGUGAUUACUGGUAAUAGAGUUAUGACCUGAAGUGAACUCUCCCACAAUUAGUAUUCUUCUUUAGUCUGCACUCCCAUUAUCUAGUGCUUUUGGUCUGCACUGCAAGUAUCUUUUUGUGUUAAUUACACAAUCAUGCCCCCAUUGUCAUUGAGCCAUAAAUCAAGAGCAAUAUGCACAACCCAAUCUCUUCCAUUUCCACUGUCCAAACUCAUUGACUACUGGCCGAACAAGCGUUGUAUAAUAGUGGUUCACCUAGUAUAUCAACAGAAUGGAUAUUCACCUACUGUGCCCCGCCCACUUCAGAGUUCCAACAAGAAUGCUAAGCAUUCAGACGUAAAUUUUCUGAGACCAGAGCGGUUUGAAGCUUUUAAUUGUUGGUUCUGCUAAUAUUUUUAUUCAUUGUGGAAUUAGCACAAUGGUAGUUGCAUCAACUAAUCGGCAUAUGGCUAGUUUUAUUUGUAUAUGUGUUCUUGAAAAGUUGACCACAUGUAUUCCACUGCAGUGAUCAAGUGGGGUGGUUAAUAAGACUGAUUGUCUGCAGUCAUAGGCAAGCGGCAUGAGGGAGGCUGCUGCAGGAGGAGCAGAAAUACACUCUGUGGUUCAUCCACAAGUACUUGUAUUCGUCAACACUUGAUAAUAUGCUAAUGACAACAGGCCAACUUCUCCUGAAGCAAGCUAUAAACUCAGCUCUUUUAUCGAUACCAUGCAUCUUGGGGGAGGCAAUAAAUCCCACAUAUCAUCUGCAGCACUAGUUACUCCUUAUGACUCACUAUUCUCAAUCAGUAGCUGCAGAUUGAGAAUGCUUGCUUUCCGGUACAGAGCUCAGCAAUAGCCUUGAUCAUACACUUGGCUAGCUGAGUUUUGUUCUGUUAACAGCGCUCGGAAACUAGGGACAGCAGGCUCUUUGAAGAGCUUGUCAAUAUAACAUGCACGUACAUGCAUGCAGGCUACCACAAUUCUGCCGAAAAUAAAAA